AUGGAAAGAAAGCCAAUAGGAGAGAAACUAAGUAACUUAAGUGCUCUUAUCUAAAAAUAAUAACCCAAUAAGGAUCAAUAAAAUGAGUAAGAUGAGAAAUACAAGCAAAUAUUUCCAAAUAUGAAUCAACCAGAAAACUAAGAUAAUGGAGAGCAAGAUAAAUUGAAAUAGGUUUAAAAUAUCAUUUAAGAUUAAAAGUAAUUUCAAAAUGAUAUUUCAAGACUUCUAGAUAGACUCGGAAAAUUACAAGAAUCAACUUCAUAAUCAUAAUCAUAAUCAUAGACACCAAGUGUUAAACAGUAAUAUCCUCCUAGCUAGUAUGAUCAGACACCAAAUUAAACACCUAACAAUAGAAUGGUUUAAAGCGUUUCUACUUUACCAAAAUAAACUCCACCGUAAUAACUUCCUCAGCCAGUUCAAUUGUUUCCAACCAAUAGUCCAAUUAGUGAUCAAACCUACAGAAAUUUGAAAGAAUAAAAUGUAGAUUUAUUAAGAAAUGUAGCUUAACUAUAGCCUUUAGUAUAAGUUGUAAAUGAACUUAAAGUAGCCUUACAAUAAACAAAUGAUAAAAUAAAAGAUCAAUAAAAAUAAAUAGAGUAAUUGCUCAAAGAAAACAUGCAACUAAAAUAGCAAAUUAUUUUAAACGAACAAGAAAAAAUAAAUAAUAAGCGAUAAUUUGAUGAUAUCAUGGCUAAUAAUUAAUUAGCUCAUUAAAGAGAUUUAUAAGCAAUAAAAUUUUAGGCUCAAGAAAACUUAAAUGGUUUAGAGUAAACAUGGAAAUAAUAAUAUGUUCUUUUAAAAACAGAAACUGAUGCUGUUAUUAAUAAUCUUAAUGCUAAACUAGCUAUCUAACAAAAAGAUAAUCAGAAAUAGCAAGAUUUAAUAAAUAAUGUAGUAAAUCAAAAUAAAGAAAUCUAAAAAAGUUUAUAGGAUAGAAUCAAUGAUCUAAAUAUGUAUCAUUAAGCACUAGAAGAAAAGAAAUUGGAAUAUGAAAAGCUCUAGAAUAAUUAUAAUACAUCUUUAGAAAAAUAUGAAAACAAUACAAAAUAACUGAUAAAUUAAUAUACUUAGAAAUAAAGACAACAGGAAUAACUAAUAAAUGAGUUAAAAUAACAUAAUACAAUUUUGAGUUAAUAGAUGGUUGAAUUGGAUUAAACUCACAAAUAGACAUUAUAAAGUUAAUAAAUUUAGGUUUAGCAUCACAUAAAUGGGAAACUAGAAGAAGUACAAAAAAUCAGUAUUGUAGAAAAACAACAACUGUAAUAAUUGUAUGAAGAUAAGAUAAAUAAAAUAAGCCAAGAUAAAGAAUCUUAAAUUAGUUCACAAAAAUAAUCGAUUUUAUUUUUAGAAUAAAAGAUAGCUGUUUUAGUAUAGGAAAAUAAAACUUUAGUCGAGUAAAUGAAUAAAAUAAAAAAAAAGGCUGACAAUUUAGAAUAAGCUAUGAUAAAUUAAGAGGCUGCAUAUUAAAAUCUAACCAAAGAUUCACAAUAUAAAACAUUAUCUCUUACUAAGUAAAUUUAAGAAUUAAAUUCUAUGAUUGGAAAUUCUAAUUAAAAUAAUUUUUAAAAUUUUACUCGAAAAUCAGACACAUAUGAUUCUACAGAGAGAAUUUAAUAGUUGGAAUAAUAAUUAUCUUAUAAAAAAGAAGAAAUGGAUUUACUUUUGCAUCAUUUAGAUUAAGUUUUUGAAAUAAACAGAGAUUUUGAAAAUAAAAUUAAAACAUUGUAAGCUUAGCUUGAAUUAAUGGAAGAGAAAAACAAUCGAGAAUAAGAUUAAAGUAAUAAUUUAAUAAAACAGUAAAAAUAAUAAAUUGAAGAAUUAAAAUCGUAAUUAGAAACCAGUUAAAAGCUGGACAGCAAAAAAGAAUCUUAAAUAAAAGAACUAUAUUAAAAAUUAAAUGAAGAAGAAUAGUUAAGAAGAAAAUAAAAUGAUUAAAUUAUGAUGAGUGAAAAAUAAUAAUUUCAGGAUUAAAUUAAACAACUUAAAAUUAAAAAUGUGGAGUUGAUCAAUUAUAAUGAAAUAUUGGAACAAAAUUUAAAAGAGUUAUAGGAGAAAUAUGAUUAAUCCUUAAAAGAAUAAAGUGAAUAGAAAUAACGUUUCGAAGAAUAAAAGUAAAUCAUUGAACAGUAAAUUUAAAUGUUGCAAAAAAAAAAUUAAGACAAUUAAAUUGCACAACCAAAUUCGUUAAGGCGAGACCAAAAACCUGUUGAUUUAGAAAAAUAAAUCAUUGAAAAAGAUUAAUAAAUUAAGUUAUUAGAAUAAAAACUAAAAGAAAAUUAACUUAAAACUAAAGAUUUUGAGUUAAAAUAAAAAACAGUGGAGGAGACAGAAAAUUAAACUGUCUCAAUGUAAAAAUAUUAUGAAAAUAAAAUAAAGGAACUAGAAUUAAGAAUUGGGACAUAUGAUGAUUAAAUAAAAAUUAAUAACAAAUAGCUUUCAAUUUACUAAUAAAAGAUAAAAAAUUUAGAAUAAUAAUUACUAGCAACUGAAGAUGACAUAUCAAGAUUGAAUGAGAUCAAUUAAAAUUUAGAAGAGGAACUUGCUGGUUAGAAAAACGAUAAACCUAUCUCUUAGCCAAAUAGCUAAGGUGACCUUUACAAAUUAUAAGAAGCAAAUUUAAAUUUAUAAGAAUAAUUAAAUCAAAUAAAAAAGGAGAAAAUAUAAUAGACUUAAAAAUAUGAAAGUUAAAUCUAAUCACUUCAAGAUUAAAACAAUAAUAAUUUAUAAACGAUUAAUUAGCUCAAAAGGGAAAAUUAGCAAAUAAGUGAUAAUUUGAACAAUAAGAUUAUUGCCCUUUAAUAAUAAAUUGACUCCCUACAGAAAUAAAAUACAAGUUUAAAGCAAGAAAAAAUAGAUUUAAAUAAAGAAUAUUUAAGUUUAAAUGAGUAAAACAAGUGUUUAUCAGAUUAAGUUACAAAAUUAAAGAAAGAAAAAGCUUAGAUGACUAUGAAAAUAAUGAAUUCAGGAAUGGCCAAUUUGAUUGGAAGUUAAGUAUCUUCAAAUUCAGAGAAAAAUUUAUGA